AUGCUUGCAAAAGAGUUGCUUGGUCGCUUAUUAACAAUCACUCGUAACAGAGUCAACACAAAUGUCUUGAGAGCAACACAACAGAGAUGCGCUUCCACCACUUCCGCCACCACCACCAACACAUCAAUUAACAAUACCCUCCCUCUAUUUGACAGGGCUCUUUUGCACAACUCCAAGAACACAAUGUCCGUAGCAAGCGUCUCUGAGCAUGUCUCACGCCUUCGUCCUUUCUCUGUGCCUGCCGCUCCACAGCCCAUAGUAUCUCAACCCACAAGCAGUAAAGUCGUAGAAGAACUCGAAUUAACCAGUGUACUUCGAAAGCGUCGUUUGAAGAUGAACAAGCACAAGCACAAGAAAUUGAGAAAGAGAACUCGUGCCUUGAGAAAGAAGCUGGGUAAAUAG